AUGGUCCCGUGCGUCUUGCAUUUAGAAAACCGGACGCGCGAGAAGCUGUUGCGGCUCAUCCUCAACAAUUUAUUUGUGAUCUACGAGAAGAGCGUGGCCCUGGCGAAGCUGCGGCCGCUGGAGAAAUUGAUUAGAACGAAAGGCUUCGGCUGCCCGAACGGCCGCGAGGGCAAGUGGACGGCGCCGCUCUCCAAGGACGAAGAUUCCGUCGAGAAGAUCUCGUUGAAUUGCGGCCGCGCCCGGAAGAUCUUUGCUAACGUCGGCACGGAGCUCAUCGAGGCGUGCUUCCCGGACGACGCCAAGCGGCGGGUCGUCCUCGACCUCGUCCGCGGCUACGAGGAAUUGAUGGUGCUAUAUCGAAAACGAGAAGAUCUCACGGACGUCGAGAUUGCCAAAGCCGACGACCUCGCCCAGGAGACCUACCAUCGGCUACUGACGACCACGGCGAAGGCCCUGCGAACUUCAACUACUUCAUGA